UGAUCGCUCUCGUUCUUCUCCGCCCGACUAACGGGCGAAUAAAGUGGCGGACACAAUUUCAAAGAUUGAGAUUCUGCGAAACACCAGUGCAAAACGAGAUACGAUCAUCUUGGGGCUUCACCACAGCGCGGCCGGUGUGAGAUAGAAGCUAGAACGUGUAUAGGAGCACGGAAUUUUGUGACUUAUUUCUUAUUGUAUCUGAAUAUAUUGUGCCUUGUGCGAGGGGUAAAACUCGUAUAAAACCGCCAAAAUGUCGACCACAGUUGAGAAGAUCAAGCAAAUCGAAGAUGAGAUGGCACGGACGCAGAAGAAUAAGGCGACGGCCUUUCAUAUUGGACAGUUGAAGGCUAAGCUUGCGAAGCUAAAGCGUGAACUUUUGACUCCAACCGGCGGUGGUGGCGGCGGAGGUGGAGCUGGUUUCGAUGUUGCUCGUACCGGCGUCGCUAGUGUUGGUUUCAUUGGUUUUCCUUCCGUCGGAAAGAGUACCUUGAUGAGCAGAUUGACAGGCCAACACUCUGAAGCUGCGGCCUACGAGUUCACAACCCUGACAACCGUGCCUGGACAGGUGCUAUACAACGGUGCUAAGAUUCAGAUUCUCGAUCUUCCCGGUAUUAUCCAGGGUGCCAAAGACGGCAAGGGUCGUGGUCGACAGGUUAUUGCUGUGGCGAAGACUUGCCACCUCAUUUUCAUUGUGCUCGACGUCAACAAGCCACUUGUCGAUAAAAAAGUCAUUGAGAAUGAAUUGGAAGGUUUUGGAAUCAGAAUCAACAAGCAACCCCCUAACAUCGUCUUCAAGAAAAAGGAUAAGGGUGGCAUUGCGAUUACUAGCACAGUCCCAUUGACGCAUAUUGAUCAUGACGAAAUUAAAGCUGUCUUGGGCGAGUACAGGAUCUCUUCUGCAGAUAUUUCAAUCAGAUGCGAUGCCACAGUUGACGACAUUAUCGAUGUUCUCGAGGCAAAGAGUCGGGCUUACAUCCCUGUCGUAUAUGCGUUGAACAAGAUUGAUUCUAUCACAAUCGAAGAGCUGGACCUGCUUUACCGGAUUCCCAACGCCUGUCCCAUUAGUUCCGAGCACGGCUGGAACGUUGAUGAACUGCUGGAGAUGAUGUGGGAUAAGCUCAACCUCAGGCGAGUCUACACUAAGCCUAAGGGAAAGGCACCCGACUACACUGCACCUGUUGUGCUGAGAGCCAACGCAUGCACUGUUGAAGAUUUCUGUAACGCGAUUCACCGGACGAUUAAGGACCAGUUCAAACAGGCUAUUGUCUAUGGCCGCUCCGUUAAGCAUCAACCGCAGCGUGUGGGUCUUACGCACGAGCUUGCAGAUGAGGAUAUUGUGACCAUUGUUAAGCGGUAAACAGCUUUAAUCAAUCAAGGUUCUUUAGACCGCGUAAGAGCGGAGACCUUGGUGGCGAAUCGUCACGAGAGAUAAACGGGUUGUAUUAGAAGUGUUUCGCUAAGUAUACAUGUCCAAAAGGCCCAGCCCUUGGGACAGCUUUCGGCGAGAUGCCAUAGAACGUUUGAUUGGGGGAGGAUGGUUCGCGCACGGGCAGCGCUCUGCCGACUACCGCCUGGUUUUGCACGAUCACUCGUUUGGGAUAGAUGACUGAAUCAUGAGAUAGUAUGUUCGACACUGCUACUCGUGGUGAUGCACGGUCGUUUUUGGGCGAUCCUGUUUAAGGGGACGAGGAGAGGCAGAAAGUUGACGCUGAGAAUCCGGACUAGGGUUUUGGGUUCCGCAGUACGAACGAUUUUCUCCUUUUACCAUUUUGUACUUUUUUAUUUUCUCCGUUCUCGUUGAAAGCGACCACUUACAUGCUUUUCUCCCGACGGUUGGUCUAGAACUUAUGGCCUAGGACUACUAAAAAAAGUUAGUAGCAACAAAAUUAGAACGAUUGACAGAGUUAAGAAAGCUCCGUCCGGUGCUUUUGCUUCCAUGGAUCCGAG